AAACUGGAGCUUCGUUUUUCUUGACUUUUCCGUCCAUUUCAGUUCAUCGUCACUACCACCAUCCUUUUUAACCGGGACAACAUGGCUACUGCAGCGAGCCGUUACUACAGCGAAGACGGCAGGGCAACGAAACGACAGAAAACCGACGGAAUGGCCACGGGAUACGAAGAUCCACACAAGACUCUUCCAUCUGUGGUGGUGCAUGUCCGGGGGCUGGUGGAUGGAGUUACAGAAGCUGACCUUGUAGAGGCUUUGCAAGAAUUUGGAGCAAUCAGCUAUGUGGUGGUGAUGCCCAAGAAGCGCCAGGCAUUGGUGGAGUACGAAGACAUGAAUGGAUCAUCCACAGCUGUAACCUAUGCUGCAGACAACCAAGUUUACAUCGCCGGUCACCCAGCCUUUAUCAACUACUCCACUAGCCAGAAGAUCUCCAGGCCGGGAGAUUCUGAUGACUCUAGAAGUGUUAACAAUGUUCUUCUGCUCACCAUCAUGAACCCCAUCUACCCCAUCACCACGGAUGUCCUCUACACUAUCUGCAACAACUGUGGUCCUGUCCAGAGAAUUGUCAUCUUCAGGAAGAACGGUGUCCAGGCAAUGGUUGAAUUUGACUCUGUGCAAAGUGCCCAGCGAGCCAAGGCAUCACUUAACGGUGCAGACAUCUAUUCCGGCUGCUGCACGCUGAAGAUCGAGUAUGCUAAGCCCACUCGCCUGAAUGUGUUCAAGAAUGACCAAGACACCUGGGACUACACAAACCCCAAUCUGGGAGGUCCAGAUGGUGAUGCAGAUGGCAAUGGGAGCAAUGCAGAAGACGUGAAUGCCAACCCCAACAAGCGCCAGAGACAGCCUGCUCUGCUGGGCGAUCACCCUCCAGAGUACGGAGGUGGUUACCAUGGCUAUGAUGAGAGCUACGGAUCUCCACCCUAUGAAGGUCGACGCAUGGGUCCACCAAUGAGAGGGCGUGGCGGAAGAAGCUAUGGGCCAGGCUAUGGACCACCUCCCCCUCCACCUGGCGAGUAUGGUGCCCACGCUGAUUCUCCAGUGGUCAUGGUGUACGGAUUGGAUCCUAUCAAGAUGAAUGCCGACCGUGUCUUCAAUAUCUUCUGUCUCUAUGGCAAUGUUGAGCGGGUAAAGUUCAUGAAGAGUAAGCCUGGGGCUGCCAUGGUGGAAAUGGGAGACUGCUAUGCAGUGGAUCGCGCCAUCACUCAUCUCAACAAUAACUUUCUCUUUGGACAGAAACUGAAUGUGUGUGUGUCCAAGCAGCAAGCCAUCGUACCCGGUCAGUGCUAUGAGCUGGACGAUGGCUCAAGCAGUUUCAAGGACUUCCAUGGCUCCAGAAACAACCGGUUCACCUCACCAGAACAGGCGGCCAAAAACCGCAUCCAGCACCCGAGCAACGUGUUGCACUUCUUCAACGCUCAGCCAGACGUCACACCAGAGGUGUUCUCUCAGAUCUGUGAUGAGAUUGGUGUCAAAUGCCCCGUCAACGUCAAAAUGUUCACAGGAAAAAGUGGUGCAGCUCCCAGUGACCGCAGUGCUUCAGGUCUGCUGGAGUGGGAGUCCAUUAAUGAUGCCAUGGAGGCCCUGGCCAUGAUGAACCACUUCCAGAUGAAAAACGCAGGUAUGGCUGGUCCUUACCCUUACACCCUCAAACUGUGCUUCUCCACCGUUCAGCACGCCAACUGAACGCACCCUUUUAGCGAGGAUGAUGAAGAUUGGUCAGCCAUUCCCAUGUUCACAUGUACUUAGAUCACGACUGCUUGCAACACACCUGGGGAUAAUUGAUUUUCAAAAACACUUCAAUUACCGUGAAAUAUUAUUCUUCACAAUACAAUUGAUCCCUCCUUAUAUUUGGUAUAUUAAGCUGACUAAACAAAUGCUAACAGGCAUUUAAAAUUUUUGAUAUUUAUGCCCCAGAUGUGGUUUAUAGAGUAUCAGUACCUGUGUGUCUUCGGUAUUAAGUUGUCCUUUUUACUUUUUGUAUUAUGCUUAUACAGUAACCUGACAUGUGAGAAAGCGUAUGUGAAAGUUUUAUGCUCAGGUGGUUCAGUGGCAGUGGUUAACAUGGUUUUGUAAAAGAGCUGUCUUUUGAAACUUUUAUUGUAGCUGAUUUAUUUCUUUUUGUGUUAUUUUAAUUGCUGCCGACUCAGUUGUGUGUCUCCAUGUCUGAUAUGCAGAUGGAGAAUUGUUUUGUUCUAAAAAUAAAAAAAAUCAAUUUAAA